GUGCGACGUGCGUUCACCAUGGAGGAAGAGCUAGAGCGGAAAGCAGUGGAAGAACUUCUUAAAGAGGCACAACGUGGAAAAGAUCGUGCUGAGACGAUGGGACCAAUGGGUUGGAUGAAGUGUCCACUAGUGAACACCAACAAGCGUUUUCUGAUCAAUACCAUUAAGAACACCCUGCCGUCAGACAGGGAGAAACGCAGAAGGAGAUCGCCCGAUGAGAAGGAGAGCAGGGAUCGCAGCCAGGAAAGGAGGUAUUCAAGAAAACACAGCGCACAUCCCUAUAAGAGGAGCGAGGAGUCCAAAAGGGAAAAAAGCAGAUCUCCGUCAUCUUCAAGCAAGAGCACAAAACAGUCACACUCCGAGGGCGACCAUAAGAGGAGAUAGCCAUAAAGACUUUGAAGCAAUAAGGCUGUAACUGUUACUUUAGUCACUGGCAAUACACAGGGUGUUCAUAUCUGCUUCUCAAGCCUGACGAUGACUGUUAAUGAUUUUAAAACCAUUUCAGUACAGAUAUUGUCUGCAGUUAGUGGUGGAUUAU